GCCCGGAUGUGGACGGUGGAGGAUGGCGGCGCCCAGGGCAGCGGACUCUCCGAGUCGGAGCUGGCCGAGCGCGGCGGCUGAUACCCCACUGGAAAUAGUGGCCCCCACCUGGUCAGAGGUAGUGGGUGAUCCAGUCAGCGAACCCCCGACCCCUAGUUGGACCAGCGUGGUGGUUGAAAACCCCGCGCCCAGCCCUAGCCGGCCGCCCGCCUGCCGCGGUAUCUCCUGGACUCCGGCCGAAACCAACGCGCUGAUCGCGGUGUGGGGUGACGAACGGCUGCAGGACGUGCUGGAGGGCAACCUGCGCAACUCUCACAUCUUCGACAGGAUCUCGCAGGCCCUUCGUGAAAUGGGUUACGAGAGAAGCGCCAACCAGUGCAAGGAGCGUAUCAAGACUCUAAAGCGGUGUUAUAGUCGAGUCAAGGAACGAGGUCGUGGUAAGAGAACCUGUAACUAUACAUUUCAGCAGCUGGAGCAGGUGUUUGGACGCAUGCCUGUUGUGUGGGAGCAACACGCCUAUCAGCCUGUUCUUAUUGACAGCAGUGGACUCUACCAAGAUACAAAACCGAGCACAAUUAAUCUAGAAGAAAGCCAGGGAGUGCAGCCGACUGAACUGGAAGAUUGGAGAAACCAAAAAGAAGAUUUGUUCAUCAAGCAGGAGCUGCUUCUGAAUCAGAAACAGGAACUACAAGUCUACCAAGAUCUCUCUGUAUAUCAGGACGCAAUUGAGGAUGUGGAAGAAAUGGGUUUUGUAAAGAAGAAACCACCUGCAUGGCGCAAUUCCACCGAAAACAUGCAGAAACCAGAGAUUCUGCAAUCCCUUAUGGCACUGUUGGACUCAAUCCACCCAAGAUGGCAAGAUUUCCAGAGUUAUGAUGAUUUCAGCAGUAUGUACUUUGGAAAUAAACUUGGUAUCUUUGCUAUUGGUUAUAAUACAAGAUGGGUUGAGGAUAUACGAUAUCAUUAUGCAGAAAUCAGCUCACAGGUGCCGGUUGGAAAGAGACUUAAAGAAUAUUUAAAUCCAGAUAAAGCAGAAGGUAAAGUGAUUGCUGUUAAGCGUCAAAAAUUGAACUGGAAGAAAGUCUAUUACAAGCUAUUUGAGAUCACAAAAAGUGAGGCACGUUGUCUUGAGCUACACUUUGCUUUUGAAUGGAUACCCAUCGCACUUUCCCGUGCAGCCAGUGACAACACUGUACAAUAUUUGCUUCCGGGCGGGAUCCCGGAUACUAAUGGCCUAUAUGUCAUUGGUUGUGAAGAGACAGAAGGUGGGGAUAUUUCUCCACAGCAAGAUUACGGCAUUACGGCGUCUCUACAACAGGUUUCUAGUGGCAGUACAGCAGGACUGUCGCUUUUGGAAAAUGAAGUUAGUGAUGCCAGUAAUGUAAAGUCAAAAAUUCGUUACUGUUAUCUAGGCGUGGCAGAGGAGAAAACCAUUCGCCAGUGCAUACUGCAACACUUUCAACCACCAGUCAAGAUGCUGGGCAUGGAGACAUGUUCAAUCAACAGCUUCCUCUCUGAAAACUGCCAGACAGGAGCCAUCUCCAGAUCUAUUUACAUCAAAUUUAUAGAAGUAGAAAAAGAGUAUCUCUCUUCAGGCUGUGUGCAAGAGUGUUUGGAAAAAGCCAUGGGGUAUUCUUUACGGUUCACAAAGUAAAUUUUAACCACAGUCAAUGUAUUUAAUUGUGAUAUGCAAAGAUUUCUGCCUGGUCACAUUUAUAUAACUGUAACAAUGUCAGGGUUUUGAUUUUAAAGUUUCCUAGAUUCUCUAUGCUUAAAGGGUUUCAAUACCAUUAUAGUGGAGAACGAAACAACAAAGAAAUUGAGCCACUUUGGUCAAAACUAAUUAGACUGUAAGUGCAAGACAGGAUCCAAAAUGUUGGAGAUUGAGUUUGAGUUAGCCUGCUCUGUGAACUUAAAAUUCAGUUCUCAAAACUGAUUGUUGAAGUCCCAGUACCUUAACUAGUCUUCGAGGUCUGAUGUUUUUGUUAGAAUAAUGUACAGAGUACUGUACAGGCCAACCAGUUUAGGGCAGGUAUGCGUGUUGGGAGAGUAACCAAAUGUUAUACCGAAGUGGAUGUAUAUUGGGAUGCAUGCUUUACUUAAAUUUUGUGGUCAUUGCAUUACCCAAUAAUCAAACCAAUCUCUUUUGUGCUGAUUUCACUGCGUUAUAAUGCAACCAGUUGAGUUGAGUGUGAGCGCAAAAACGGAGAAAGGAAAAGAUGAAAUUGAAAUAGGAUAUUAUGCAGCAUACCUUUUCUACUGAUAUUUGUGUUGAAUUGAUAGGGAAGAAGUCUCCAGUUACUUUUCUAUUGUUUGAAACUUGCCUCAGUUGGCCAAAGUGUUACUGUAUUUUGCCUCAUUUUUGUUGAAAUGUAAUCAUAUUUUUAUCAGAAACACAAUGCCAAGCAACUCAUUUUCUAAUGAUCCUGACCAAGCUCCAAACUGCUCUUCUGAAUGCACAAUGGCCUGAAAAUAUCUUAGGUUUUUAUAAUAAGCACAUACUGGACAGGUUGAGAUAAAUGCAGUGGAAACAAAUGGACAGAAAAGGAUACAUGAAAGCUUAGCUUGGAGCUGUGAUGGUAGAGCAGUAGAACCUCUAAUGAAAAGAAUCCUAGUUCAAAUUACUCUGUUAUGUUCUCCUGGGUCUUUUGAUCACAGUCUAUUCAGAUUAUUUGCAUUGACUUGAAGAGAUUCUCCCGAAGUUCAUUUGUUGAUAAUUUGUACUCCACGUCUUGACAGGUGAUUUACCAACUUUUUAAAUGAGUGCAAGCAACACCCUUAAAAUGAAAUACAAUGCAAAACUUUCAUGAAUGAUUUCUGCCUGCAACAUGCCUUUUCUACUGAAAUUUGUGUUGAAUUGUUAGGGAAGAAAUCUCUGGUUACUUCUAUGUUGCUUGAAAGUAAUAUUCUUCAUUCAAACUAACGUUCUACAUUUGCCCUAAUCAACUCACUUGUUUAAGUUUGUAUGGUCCUUUUACCAUCAAUGUAAAAUGCCAUGUUGGCACCAGGCAGUUUAAGUCUCACAUGGUUUUCCAUAGUUAUAUUAAACAAUCCACUUUGUCAAUGAGUUUGUGGAUUUACAAAAUUGGUCAGGAUUUUGUGCUGAUCAGUGCACAUAUGUCAGAUGGUGAAAACUUAGACUUCAACAUCGCAGUGUCCUGUGAAAUUCUAUAGCUAUGGUAUUUGUAUGAAAUAGGGGUAGAUUAUUUACCUUAAUAAGCUUUGGUUUACCUGCUUAGUUUUCUCUAUGCAAAAUGGGUCCAAUGAAACCUUUCUGAGUUAAUAUUCUAAGUUUUUAAAAUAAUGGCCAUUUCAGCAUUUUCAUUGUUUUCACCCUUCAUCAAAGGGUAUCCAUACCUGUUCAAUUAUUAAUAAAACAUGAAUGACUUGAAGAAACAUCUUUCAUAGUAAGCUUUUGAUAUGAAAAUAUUUUAAAGGCAUUAGAGACUAAGUGAAAGAAACUAGCUUUUUUUUUAAGUCAACACGAGUGAAUCUGCAGGUGCUGGAAAUAAAUAAAAACACAAAAUGCUGGAGAACUCAGCAGGUCAGACAGUAUCUAUGGGAGGAGGUAGU